AUGUAUAGGAAUGGGGUAGGCAUUUUAGUAGAUAGUGAGCUAAGGGACCAUGUGGUAAAGGUUAGGAGAGUCAAUGAUCGGAUGAUGGCGAUUAAGUUGAUCGUAGGAGGGUUUACAUUGAACAUUAUUAGUGCCUACGCGCCACAGGCAGGCUUGGACGAGGAAGAGAAGAGGCAUUUUUGGGAGGAUUUGGAUGAAGUGGUGGGAGGUAUACCGAUCACCGAGAAGUUAUUCAUUGGAGGAGAUUUCAAUGGACAUAUUGGGUCAUCUUCGGGGGGCUAUAACGAUGAGCAUGGUGGUUUUGGCUUCGGGGACAGAAACGGAGGAGGGGUCGCACUCCUAGAUUUUGCAAAAGCUUUUGGAUUGGUGGUAGCCAACUCGAGUUUUUCGAAGAGGGAGCAGCACCUAAUAACCUUCCGUAGUUCGACGGCUGCGAUGCAGAUAGACUUUUUGCUCCUUAGAAAAUAUGAUAAAAGUCUUUGUAAAGACUACAAGGUCUUUCCGAGUGAGAACCUUACGACCCAGCAUAAGCUCUUAGUGAUGGAUUUGGAGACUAAGAAGAAGAAGAAGAAAAGGAGGGUCGUGGAUUACCGGCAGAAGAUCAGGUGGGGAAGUCUGACUUCGUCUAGUUCCCAGGAGAUGGGGGAGAAGUUGAUGGAUAUAAGGGCUUGGGAGAGUAGGGGGGACGCGAGCAGUAUGUGGGAUAAGACGGCCAACUGUAUUAGGAAGUAG